UGCUCUGGAUAAGAGCAUCAGCUAAAUGACAUGUCAGUGUCAACAGAGUGUAUUAAACCCUGUGUUUCUCCCCUCACAGCGGAACAUGCAUGUCUGUCUGAGCCCUGCUCUAAUGGAGGGAGCUGUGUUGAGACCAGUUUGGGUUAUGAGUGUGUCUGUUCCCCGGGCUGGAGCGGACCCUCCUGUAGCCUCAAUGUUGAUGAGUGCUCUCCUAGCCCCUGUAACCACGGUGGGACCUGUCAGGAUCUGGUCCAUGCUUACAAGUGUCACUGUCCUCCUCAGUGGACCGGCAAGACCUGCCUCAUCGACGCCAACGAAUGCGACAGCAGGCCCUGUGUCAACGCCAACUCUUGCCGCAACCUGAUUGGUGGAUACUUCUGCGAUUGCGUUCCUGGUUGGACGGGACAGAAAUGUGACAUCAAUAUCAAUGACUGCAGGGACCAAUGUCAGCACGGAGGAACCUGCAGGGAUUUGGUGAACGGGUACCGCUGUGUGUGUCCUGCGGGUUACUCUGGAGACCACUGUGAGAGAGAUGUGGAUGAAUGUGCCGGCUCUCCCUGUCUGAACGGCGGGCGAUGCCAAGACCAAGUCAACGGUUUCACCUGCCUCUGUCUGCCAGGAUUCUCAGGACAACUGUGUCAGUUGGACAUAGACUACUGCCUCGUCAACCCGUGUCAGAAUGGUGCGUCAUGUUACAACCUGGCUACAGGUCACUACUGCGCCUGUUCAGAAGACUACGAAGGGAAAAACUGCUCUCACCUCAAAGACCACUGUCACACCAGCACGUGUAAAGUGAUUGACAGCUGCACGGUUGCCGUGGGGUCCAACAGUACCCCUGGCGGGGAGCGGUACAUCUCCUCCAACGUGUGUGGUCCUCACGGACGCUGUCGGAGCCAGGCCGGAGGACAGUUCAGCUGUGACUGUCAGGAGGGCUUCAGAGGAACAUACUGUCACGAGAAUAUUAAUGAUUGUGAGAGCAACCCGUGUGGUAAUGGAGGAACCUGUAUUGAUAAAGUCAGUGUCUACCAGUGUAUCUGUGGAGACGGCUGGGAGGGGGACCACUGUGAGAUCAAUAUAGAUGACUGCAGCACUAAUCCAUGUCAUAAUGGAGGAACAUGUCGAGACUUGGUGACUGAUUUCUUCUGUGAGUGUAUGAACGGCUGGAAGGGGAAGACCUGCCACUCCCGUGAGAGCCAGUGUGACGAGGCUACCUGUAACAACGGAGGGACUUGUCAUGAUGAGGGGGACACCUUCCACUGCAAGUGUUCCCCUGGAUGGGAGGGGGCUACCUGUAAUAUAGCUAAGAACAGCAGCUGUCUUCCUAACCCCUGUGAGUACGGCGGAACCUGUGUGACCAGCGGAGACUCCUUCACCUGCGUCUGCAAAGAGGGCUGGGAGGGAGACACCUGUAAACAGAAUACCAACGACUGCAACCCACACCCGUGGUAAGUGGAAGAUAAACAUUUUCUAUAGAGUCAAACAAGCGUGAACAGAACAUGACAGGGUGCUUCUCUGCACCGUGCCUGGGUUCAAGUACUAUCCGACGCUCAUUCAAGCCCAGCUAAAGUAUUUUAAAUCAUGUUGAAUAGUA